UCACUGUCCAAUAAUUGUGCCGCCGUUCAAAUUGAAUAAUUGCAGCUCGUUUCUGUGGUGUACGCUAUUUAAUUUUUUCAUAAAGAAUAUCGGGAAUAUUUGCAAAUUGUUGCUUAGAACGAAAAAGGUUAUUUCUACUUGAAAUUUACAGACAAUUCAAGAAACAAAGGUGAAGUUGCAUCGAAAAAUUAAGUGUAUUUGUUCCGAAUGAAAUGAACUUUUGUUAGUUAUGAAUCGCAGAGGUAUUAACGCAAAUACAAAUUUAAAUUCACAAUCAGUCAUGGAUGAUGCCAGUUGGAAAAACGUAAAUGUUCCCGAAAACCCUUCUAUGAUGGGUGGAGGUGGAAAUAAUCCAUCAUUGAAUCCCGAUGGAUCAAAUCAAGGAGGCUUUGCGCAAGGAAAUAUGCCUUACGGUGGCUCUAAUACACCGUAUUCACAGGGAGGACAGAAUUCGCCUGCCGGCAACCAACCACUAGUAUUUCCAAACACUAACCCAACAGGUUCAAACACACCACAAUAUACAUCAUCGCCGGCACCUUCCGGUUCAUCGACACCGGGACCUGUUUCGCAACAAAACAUGUCUGGUCCCUACCCACAGCCAUCGAAUUCGGGAAAUUUCAAUGGGCCUGUAGGUGGGCCGUUUGGCUCCCCUUCCUCUGGAAUGGGUCAGUUUAGUCGUCCCGCUAGUUCCGGUACACCUUUUAAUAGUCAAGGAGGGCACUUUCCCGGACAGGCUGUAUUUAACGUUGGCGGGCAGUUUAACUCAAUGCCACCGACUUCCGGCUUUGGUCACGGUGGUGGACAUCCAAUGAUGGGGGGUCCUCAAAUGGACCGUAUUGAUCCGGGAUACAGACGACAUAACUCAUACUUCAGUCACACCGAGCAUAGGGUCUUUGAAAUGAACAAACGACUACAGCAAAGGACCGAGGAAAGCGACAACUGCUGGUGGGACUCCUUUACAACAGAAUUCUUUGAAGACGACGCUAAAUUAACUGUACUGUUUUGCCUGGAAGAUGGACCCAAACGUUAUACUAUCGGACGCACAUUGAUUCCAAGAUUUUUCCGAAGCAUUUACGAAGGAGGAGUGUCCGAUUUAUAUUUUCAAUUAAAACACGCCAAGGAAUCUUUCCAUAAUACAUCAAUAACACUGGAUUGUGAUCAGUGUACAGUUAUCACACAACAUGGUAAACCGUUCUUUACCAAAGUUUGUGCAGAUGCUCGUCUCAUACUGGAAUUUAUGUAUGACGACUAUAUGCGGAUAAAAUCGUGGCACAUGACAAUCAAGGGUCACAGGGAACUUAUUCCUAGAUCAGUAAUUGGAACAUCUUUACCAUCGGACCCAAUGAUUCUAGAGCAAAUUACCAAAAAUAUCACAAGAGCUGGCAUAACAAAUUCCACUUUGAAUUACUUAAGGCUCUGUGUCAUUUUGGAGCCAAUGCAAGAGCUAAUGUCUCGACACAAGGCAUAUGCACUAAGUCCCCGAGAUUGUUUAAAGACGACCCUUUUUCAGAAGUGGCAAAGAAUGGUCGCACCCCCUGGGAAAAAAGACCCGCAGAGGCCGGCCAACAAAAGGCGCAAAAGAAAGGGGUCAAACUCGGGCGGGGGCGCAAACGCAAACACGCCACCAGUGAGUAAUCAAAAGCGCUCUCCGUCCGGUCACAAUUUUUCGCUGUCCUCACAAGAUGUCAUGGUUGUAGGUGAGCCCACACUAAUGGGUGGCGAAUUUGGCGAAGAGGAUGAACGCCUCAUUACACGACUGGAAAAUACACAGUAUGACGGUUCGAAUACAAUGGAUCACGAAAAUCACACUGGUUUCGGACAUUCAGAUUCACCAAUUUCAGGUGCAAAUCCCUGGAACAUGGAUAGGUCAGGUGCAAUACCAGCUAGUCCCGGGAGUGGGUCAGUUCAGAACAAUACCAAUAUGGCCGACAUAGACAAAAAGAGCCCGAUAGUCUCUCAAUAAAAUAUAUUCAUUUAUUUUUCAAAACUAGAGAAUAGUGUACAUUAUACUAAGUUACAAUUUUAAUUUGAUAUACAUGCGUAAUUAUUCAUUAGAGUUAAAUGAUAUUGAAACAAGUAUUUCUCAUCGACAGUCCCUGACCGCCCCAUACACCCUACCCAAUGUAUUUAUGUAAGGCAGACCCCUUCUCUCCAUUAUUACUUAUUCAUAUAAAAUAAAAGACCAAUGGAAAAUUC